UCCUUGGUUUUGGAUGAAGUAAGGGCCACCAUGGAAGAAACAGAUCUGAGGCAAUUAUCGAUAUGUCAACAUCUUUAUAAGCUAUACCUAGGAGGAGAAAUAAGCAAUCUACCUGAGCACCACCACUUGCCUCCGAACCUCACCAAGUUAACCUUGUGGGAGUCUCGCCUAAGACAGGAUCCGAUGCCAAUUCUGGAGAGGCUUCUUAACUUGACAACCCUGUACUUAUGCUCUAAUUUUUACUCUAGGGAGGAAUUGGUUUUCUCUGCAAAUGGGUUCCCUCAACUCAAAUAUUUGCAACUUUUCGCUGUUUAUGCCUUAAAAAGGUUGUGGGUGGACAAAAGUGCAAUGCCUAGUCUAAAGCAUUUAUCGAUUGACGCAUGCUUAUCAUUGGAAAUGGUUCCUGAAGGGUUGAGAUAUAUCACUACGCUUCAGAUAUUGGAAAUUGGGUCUAUGCCCAAUGAAUUCAUGCAGAGGCUUCAAGUGAUAAAUGGAAUAGAAGGGGAGGAUUUCUACAAAGUCCGACACGUGCCCUCCAUCUCAUUCAUAAAUUAUUGGGAUGGGUGAGUAUCUAAGGAGAGGCAGAAACCCAUGAAGAAAAACUUGGAUUGCAGAUUCAGUCCAAUGGGAAUGGAUUAUGGAGAAGUAAUGGUAAAUGGCAAUUGUUACUUGUUAGCAAGCAGCCUAGUUGGAAUAAUGACGGAGUCCUCCACCUUUCACUGAAUCAUGCAUGUUAUACAUCAUGGAUGCGGCUUCGUUACUGUCUUAUCAACUAUAUUAAGCGUGCUACUACAUGAUAUUAGAUUUAUUUGAUCUGAACACAAUAUUCCAACGAUUUUUUUCUUUCUUUCUUUCUUUUCAAUUGGUGUGUUGGCUUGUUUAUGACUGAAUCUGGUAUUGUUUUU